CCGUUGAAGGAAAUUAUGAAAAGAAACUUUACCUCAGUGACUGAGUUCAUCCUCCUGGGAUUGACCAAUCGCCUGGAAUUGCAGAUUUUCUUCUUCGUGUUGUUUCUGGCAGUUUACAUGGUCACAGUGGCUGGGAACCUUGGCAUGAUUGUCCUCAUCCAGGUCAAUGUCCGGCUCCACACGCCCAUGUACUUUUUCCUGAGUCAUUUAUCCUUUGCGGAUCUGUGCUUCUCUUCCAAUGUGACCCCAAAGAUGCUGGAGAUUUUCCUUUCAGAGAAGAAAACCAUUUCCUAUCCUGCUUGUCUAGUGCAGUGUUACCUUUUCAUUGCCUUGGCCCAUGUGGAGAUGUAUAUCCUGGCUGUGAUGGCCUUUGAUCGGUACAUGGCCAUCUGCAACCCUCUGCUUUAUGGCAGCAAAAUGUCCAAGAGUGUGUGCACAUCCCUCAUCACGGUGCCUUAUGUGUAUGGAGCACUCACUGGCCUGAUGGAGACCAUGUGGACCUACAACCUAGCCUUCUGUGGCCCCAACAAAAUUAACCACUUCUACUGUGCUGACCCACCACUGAUUAAGCUGGCUUGUUCUGAUACCUACAACAAGAAAACAUCAAUGUUUGUUGUGGCUGGAUGCAACCUUUCAUUUUCUCUCUUCAUCAUACUUAUUUCCUACCUUUAUAUUUUUUCUGCUAUCUUGAGGAUCCGCUCCACAGAAGGCAGACGCAAAGCUUUCUCUACCUGUGGUUCCCAUCUGACAGCUGUCACUGUAUUCUAUGCAACUCUUUUUUUCAUGUAUCUCAGACCCCCCUCAAAUGAAUCUGUGGAGCAGGGAAAAAUGGUUGCUGUAUUUUAUACCACAGUGAUCCCCAUGUUGAACCCCAUGAUUUAUAGCCUUAGAAAUAAAGAUGUAAAAGAAGCAUUAAUCAAAGUGCUGUCACAGAAAAAAUAA